AUGGUCCGCCUACGAGAAAUCCCGAGGACGGCCACGUUCGCCUGGUCGCCGGGCCCGACGCAGCCGUUGAUUGCUACGGGAACAAAAGCUGGCGCUGUUGACGCUGAUUUCUCAAAUGACACGCAGCUCGAGCUCUGGGAGCUCAAGCUGGACGAUGCCGAGCAGGGUGUUGAGCUUCAGCCCGUUGCUACGGUGAGCGUAGAUUCAAGAUUCAACGAUAUUGCCUGGAGCCAGCCCAGUGAACAGCACCCGAGGGGCAUAAUAGCUGGCGCGCUCGACAGCGGCGCAUUGGUACUAUGGGACGCGGAGAAGCUGCGCACAGGUGCCAGCGACGCGCAAAUCGACCAGAUUGACAAGCACACCGGCCCAAUCCAGGCCAUACAGUUCAACCCCUUCCGACCCAACAUACUCGCAUCCGCCGGCGCCAAAGGCGAGCUCUUCGUGCACGACCUCGACGACGAAUCGAAGUCUUUCAGGCUCGGCAAGGCAGGAGCCAACCCUGACGAGUACACUACACUGGACUGGAACAAGAAGGUCGCACACAUUCUGGCCACCGGAAGCAGCGGAGGCUUUGUGACCGUCUGGGACGUCAAGGGCAAGAAGGAGAAUCUUACCUUGAACCACUUUGGACGAAAGACUGUGAGCGCAGUAUCAUGGGAUCCAGAUGUUCCUACGAGGCUGGUCACCGCUAUCCCCACGGACCAGAACCCGCUUGUUCUGGCACACGACCAGGGCGUCCUCUCGCUUUCUUGGUGUCCACAGGAUAGCGACAUUCUGCUGUCUUGCGGAAAGGACAACCGCACAAUUGCAUGGAACCCGCACAGCGGAGAGCAAUUGGGACGAAUUUCCGGUCGUGACAAACUGGACCUUCCAGACCAGAUUCAACCCGUCGAACCCGAACCCUACUCGCGACCCGCAUCAUUCGAUGGCAAGAUUGCCGUUCAGACACUCCAAAACACUGGGGCCAACGCAGACCAGAGCAAGACAGCCAAGCAGGCACCAGAAGGCGAGGACUUCUUCGCACAGACUCAUGCGGAACCGCAGGGAGCUUCGUUCUCGCUCAAGUCGCCCCCCAAGUGGCUGAAGAGGAGAGCUGGUGUGGCUUUCGGAUUUGGCGGCAAGCUUGUGCGAUUUGGUGUCGUUGAUGCGAAGUCGAAGAUUACCAUCUCUACGUUUGCAGUAGACUCAGAUAUCAGCCAGGCUAGCGAGGACUUCGAUAAGGCGCUGGAGACGGGCGAUCUGACCUCGAUCCUCGAAUCGAAGAUUUCCAAGGCCGCGACCGACGAAGAAAAGGCAGACUGGACCGUCAUCGAGACUUUGACUUCGGACAACCCGCGCACCAAGCUUGUCGAGUACCUUGGCUUCGCUGACCAGUCGGAGGAAGCGCCUGCUGAGGUCAAGAAGGAGGCGCAAACCAACGGUGACGCUGACGAGGGCUCAUCAUUCUUCGACAAUGCGACCGAUGAGGGUAACUUCCUCUCAGAUCUGGCAGCUAGGAAGGGCGCAAAGACGAACAACCCAUUCCAGGUGUAUACUGGAUCAGAGUCUGAGGCUGACACGAAGAUCACCCGUGCUCUUAUGCUUGGUAAUUUCGACGCCGCAUUAGAUGUUUGCCUGAAGGAGAACCGUCUCUCUGAUGCAUUCAUGAUCGCCAUCUGCGGCGGUGAAAAGUGCGUUGCGAAGGCGCAAGCUGCUUACUUUAAGAGGCAGUCUGAUGCGCCCAAUUACCUGCGACUACUCGCCUCUGUCGUUGGUAAGAACCUCUGGGACUUUGUGUAUAACGCGGACCUCAAAGACUGGAAAGAAGUCAUGGCCACCAUCUGCACCUUUGCUGACCAGGCGGAGUUCCCGGACCUCUGCGAAGCUCUCGGUGACCGCCUAGAGGAAGCGAUUGCUGAAGGCACGACUUCGUACCGCAAGGAUGCGUCUUUCUGCUACUUGGCUGGCUCCAAGUUGGAGAAGGUUGUAGUCAACUGGGCUCAAGAGCUUCAAGAGAACGAGAACGCUGGUCUGGAGCAAUCAGAAACCGACAACAGCUUCUCAAUUCAUGCCCGGUCACUGCAGGACUUCAUCGAGAAAGUCACUGUAUUCCGCAAGGUGACGCAGUUCAAGGAUACUGAACAGUCAAAAGAGAAUGACUGGAAGCUCGAGCCAUUGUACGCAAAGUACGUCGAAUAUGCGGACAUUGCCUCUGCACAUGGUCAGCUAGCUAUCGCCGAGAAGUAUCUCGACCUGCUUCCACAGAAGUAUCCUGCAGCAGAUGUGGCAAGGAACCGUGUCAAGCAGGCGACCAGGAAGGGUGCAGCACCAGCCGCUGCUGGUCAGAGACAGUCUCAGCCUGCUGCCGCUCAGCGAGGACAACGUGUGGUACCAGCUUAUGGGGCUCCCGCACCACAGCCCACACCAGCCCAGCGAACUGCCUCACCAUAUGCUCCAGCCAACCCGCUGGCCCCAGCCCAAACAAACUCACCGUACGCUCCUGUCAACCCAUUGUCGCAACAAGCACAGCAGGCUACUCAGCAACCUCCAGCACGAGCCGGAGGCGCAUACACACCAGCUGGAUACCAGCCAGCACCUGUGCAACAAGGCUAUGGUGGCUAUGGACAGCAACAACAGGCUCCACUUGCUCCUCCUCCACAAAAUUUCUCCAACCCUAACGGACCGUCAAUUGUACCAGCAGCCAAUCGCGGCCACAUUCCUGCUUGGAAUGACACCCCAGACUUUGGCCCGCCCAAGACAGCCUCGCGUCGUGGUACUCCCCUGAACGCUGUAGCAUCGCCUUUCCCGAACCAGCAGCAAAACUACGGACCCCCAGGGGGUGCAUCUCCUGGAUUCCCACCACAGUCAAGACCCACCCCUCCACCUCCGCCAAAGGGACCCCCACAGGGCCCGCCUCGCAUGACAUCCCCACCUUCACAGGCAGGCGGAGCCCCGCCAAAUGCACCAAACCCAUACGCUCCGUCUCCUGCAGCAAACAAUUAUGCCCCGCCUCCUAGUGGCUUUGCGCCUCCACAGCAGGCUCCCGUGCAGCGCGGAGCAUCGCCCUACCAGCCGCCCCAAUCUGCAGCACCGCCUUCGAACCGUUAUGCUCCCGCACCAGGUUCACAGCCUUCUGCACCAUCAGGUAUGGGAGGUAUGCCGCCUCCUCGCAACAUUGCACCACCUCCUGGCCAGUUCACUCCUGGGGCCUCUGCUUAUGCACCAUCACCGUACGCUCAGUCACCAGCCCAACAAGCUCCCGCAGCUGUAGCUCCACCACCACGAGGACCACCUCAGGGCCCGCCACGUGCUGGUCCUCCACCAGGCGGUCCUCCUCAGGGCGGCCCGCCUAGGCCAGAGUCGCGGCCCGGUACCGGACAGUCCCAACCCGCUGCACCGGCUGCGGCCAGAUACCCUCCCGGCGAUCGUGAGCACAUUCCCAUGGUCUCACGUCCGAUCUACGAAAUUCUCGGAGCCGAAAUCCAGCGCGUCAAGGCGAAGGCACCAGCACAGUACAAGGCGCACGUCACCGACACCGAGAAGCGCCUCAACAUUCUCUUCGACCAUCUCAACAACGAGGACUUGCUUAAGCCCGACACCAUUCAGCAGAUGAACGAGCUCGCAAGCAACAUCCAGGCGAAGCAGUUUGACGAGGCAAUUGCCAUCUUCCAGGACUUGAUGACGAACAAGAACGAUGAGGGCAGCAAUUGGCUGGUAAGUGAUGUCAUCACUUUCGAUGCGGAUGUUGGUGUCAAGCGCUUGAUUCAGUUCAGCAAGUCGACGCCUGCUUAG